CGGGGCCAUUCCUGCUUCCCUUCCCGGCCUUUCCCGGGCCCAGCCCGGCUCUCCUGUUCUAUCCCACCCCCGCACCGAGCUUUGGGGGGCACGGCGGGGAUUGGGGGGCUCUGCUGGGCCACGAAGGGACCCCAAGGGAAGCCCUUUCCCGCCGUCCCACCUCCCCUUAUUCCCCCUCUCCCACCCCUUUCCCACCGUCCCCCCAAACCCCGGCUCCUUCCCAGCUCCCUUUGGGAGUGACCCACCGCCCCUCGCGCUCAGUUUGGGGGUCCCAUCCCCUCUUUUCCCCCUCUCUUCCCCCCUUUCCCACCGUGUCCCCCCCGCUCACCCGAGAGCUCCGCGGCCGCAGGGACGGAACAGGAAAAGGCGGAGCGGGAGGAACGGGAGGGGAUAAAGGAGGAAAAGGAAACGAGAGAGGAUCGCCCCGCCCCGUCCCGCACGUUCCUGGGAAGAAGGAGCUCGUCCCAAAAAUCUUGACCAGCAUUUCUCCUUCCCAAACUUUGGCUGGAUGGAGGAGAAGGCUACGAGGAAGAGGAAGAUGCCCCGGGACCCCCAGGCAGGCCCCGAGCUGAGGACAGAGAGCCCGGAGGACAAAUCCCCCCGGCAGAGCCUGGUGGGAGAGGCCGUUUUGAAGGGCUCCACGGCGCAGGAAGGCAGCGGGGAGGGAAAGCCACGGAGAUCUCCCAGGAGGAGGGUCUCCAAAGCCAGCCCAGGGUGCUCUGAGGAGGAAAGACCCACCCUGCGCCGGGAAGGCGGACGGACCUUCAUCCAGAGCCCUGACCUGAUGGUCCACAUUCAGUUUCACCCCAGAGAGAAGCCUUACAGGUGCUUGGAGUGUCGGAAGAGCUUCGCCCAGAUCUCUCACCUCUUCUACCACCAACAGGUACACACUGAGGAGGGACCAGUGUGAUUGAAAUUGUGGAAGAGCUUCAAGCAGAGCUCCAAGCUUUGCGCCCACCAAUCCUUGCACACUGAGGAACAGCCCUACAAGUGCUUGGAAUGUGGAAGAGCUUCAGUUGGAACUCCUGCCUCAUCACCCACCAGCAUCUGCACACGGGGAAGAAGCCCUACAAGUGUCAGAAAUGUGGGGAGAGCUUCAGCUUGGGCUCGCACCUGAUCCACCACCAGAUGAUCCACAUGGGGGAACAGCCCUACACGUGUGGGGAAUGUGGGAAGAGCUUCAGUGACUGCUUCUACCUCAUCACCCACCAGCACCGACCCUAUAAGUGCCUGGAGUGUGGGAAGAGCUUCAGCGUCAGGUCCAACCUGAUCUGCCACCAGAAGAUCCACACCGGAGAACGGCCCUACAAGUGUCCCAAGUGUGGGAAGAGGUUCCAGACCAGCUCCCAUCUCCUCGUCCAUCAGCAGAUGCACACGGGGGAACGGCCCUGCAAGUGUCCCGAGUGUGGGAAGAGGUUUUGGAGCAGUUCAUGUCUUUUCCUGCAUGAGCAAGGGCACGCAGGGGAACAGUGCUGAUCCCGUUGGGAUCUGGUCACCAGUGAUGUCCCCUAGGGAUCAGUGUUGGGCCCAGUUCUAUUUAAUAUCUUUAUCGAUAAUUUAGAUGAGGGAAUUGAGUCCACCAUCAGCAAAUUUGCAGAUGACACUAAGUUGAGGGGGGAAUGUUGGUCUGCUGGAAGGCAGGAGGGCUCUGCAGAGGGACCUGGACAUGCUGGAGAGUUGGGCUGAUUGCAACGGGAUGAGGUUCAACAAGGCCAAAUGCCAGGACCUGCCCUUUGGACACAAGAAGCCCCAGCAGCUCCAGGCUGGGACAGAAUGGCUGGAGAGCAGCCAGGCAGAAAGGGAGCUGGGAGUGUGGAUUGACAGGAAGCUGAACAGGUGCCAGAGUGUGCCCAGGUGGCCAAGAAGACCAAUGGAUCCUGGCCUGGCUCAGGAAGAGUGUGGCAGCAGGAGCAGGGAAGUGAUUCUUCCCCUGGACUCAGCGCUGGUGAGGCCACCCCUGGAGUGCUGUGUCCAGCUCUGGGCCCUCAGCUCAGGAAGGACAUGGAGGGGCUGGAGCAGGUGCAGAGAAGAGCAGCGAGGCUGGGGAAGGAACUGGAGCACAAGUGGUGUGAGGAGAGGCUGAGGGAGCUGGAGAAGAGGAUGCUCAGGGGAGACCUCCUCACACUCUGCAACUCCCUGACAGGAGGGUGUAGCCAGGCGGGCGUCCGUGACAUCUCGGGCAGAGAUGCCAUGAGGUGUAAUGGAAUCCUUUAUUACAGUUCUUUCACAGUUUAUAUACCCCGUUACAGCAGCAGUAAAUUCCUGUUAGUAACUCUUCUCUAGAUCUACUUUUUAGUUAAGCAUUCACUGCCCAUGAGAAAAAUACUCCCAAGCACUUUUCUCCACACAAAGACACAUCUCACCACAUCCACUUUUAUCUUGCCAAGUUCCCCUUAAGUUUCUCCCAGGGUCCUGUAAUCUUGGUUCCCUACAUCUCCCUCUUCUUUAUUUUCUAAGGCACUUAAGUUAAAGCUGUAUGGACUUGUACCACCAAGGCUUGAAAUCUUUUUCACCCAUGGCCCCAAUCCCAAAGUCCAAUCCCAUCCUUCAAAGGGGUUCCAUCUGUUGUUCACCGUCAGUUUCUUUGUUAGGUCCUGUAACUGUUGUAAAGCUUUUGUGAAUGGAGGUUGAUUUGUCACUCAAGUUCAUGCAACACAUUCCAUCAAAUCCUUCCCAUCCAUGUCCCUGUGCUAAAAGCAAAAAGUCAAUAGCAGCUCUAUUUUUCAAAGUAACAUGUCCCACUGACUGAGCAUUGGUCAAUAAAUCUGCAAUAGCCUGA